AUGGAACAAGGAGAUGUUGAUGCAUGUUCCAUUGGAACCAUGAUUGUGUUACCGUCUUCUUUUACUGGGGGCAGAAGAUAUAUGUUUAAUAAUUGUCAAGAUGCUAUGUCUAUUUGCAAACAAUAUGGUUAUCCUGAUUUAUUUAUUAUUAUAACUUGCAACCUGAGUUGGCUGGAGUUUCAAAGAUAUACUGAACGGUUGUUUGAGUUGAAAAUUCAGUCUUUGAUGACUGAUUUAAAGGAUGGAGUCUUCUUUGGAUCUGUGAAUGCCGGGAUGUAUACAAUUGAAUUUCAAAAAAGGGGUUUGCCACAUGCACAUAUUUUGGUUUGGCUUCAAAAUAUGGGUAGGUUACAAACAACUGAAAUCAUGGAUGAGGUUAUAUCAGCUGAGUUACCGGAUCCAGUUAGAUUUCCAAAGUUGUAUAGUGUUAUUACCAAAUAUAUGAUUCAUGGUCCUUGUGGUAAAUUAAGACAUUCUUCUCCUUGCAUGAGAAAUGGUGGCUGUUCUAAAUUCUAUCCCAAGAAAUUUGUUGAUGCAACAGGUUUUGAUAAAGAUGCUCAUAUCAAUUUGGAGUUUUGUAACAAGUCAAAUGUCAUCAAGUAUUUGUUUAAAUACAUAAACAAGGGGCAAGACCGCGUCACUGCGUCAAUUAGAAAUGUACAAACUCAGGAACAUGGUGGUCAAGAUGUUGAUGAGAUUAAGCAAUUCUAUGAUUGUCGCUAUCUAGCGCCUUGUGAAUUUGCUUGGAGACUAUUUGCAUUUGAUAUUCAUCAUAAGUGGCCAUCUGUUCAGCGGUUGAUAUUCCAUUUGCCUGGAAAACAGAAUAUAUUAUUCACUGAUCAUGAUAAGAUUCCUGAAAUUGUUGAGAAGAACAAGUAUAAGGAUACAAUGUUUACUGUGUGGAUGCGAGCUAAUCUUAAGUUCCCGCAUGGUAAUCAGGGGUGUAAAAGUUUUGAAAGCAUCCGCAUUGUUGAUGGUGAUGUAUAUGAUUCUUUCAAGGCUGCGUGCAAUGCUCUUGGUUUAUUGAGUGAUGAUCAGGAGUUCAUUAAUGCUAUUAAAGAAACUGUAGAAUUGUCAUCUGGUUUUCAGUUGUGUCAGUUGUUUGUUACACUGUUAGCAUCUAAUUCAAUGAACAAACCAGAUAUUAAGAAAGAUAGUCAGCGAGCAGAACUCAUCCGUCGUGCUUCUCUAAUAAUAGAGGAUGAGGUACCCAUGACAAACAAGUUGGUGUUUGAAGCACUUGAUAGAACUUUCCGUGACCUAAUGAGUUCAAAUGUUGCUUCGGCUCUUGAUAUUCCGUUUGGUGGGAAAGUUAUUGUACUUGGUGGUGAUUUUAGACAAGUGUUGCCAGUUAUUCCGAAAGGAACUCGUGCUGAAAUAGUUAUGGCUUCAAUUAAUUCAUCAAUUCUUUGGAAGCAUUGUAAGGUGUAA